AUGGAGCAACAAUCUCACAAUCUAACAGUCAGCAUGGCACAUUCAGUACCUAUUCGCCCAAUGCCCGAGUUUAAUCCCGACGCUGAACUUGGCGCGAGCGUCGCUACACGUUGGAAAAACUGGGUCGCAGACUUUGACCUGUUUCUCCUGGCUAGUGGCGUUACAGAUCCUAAACGACAACGAGCUUUGUUGCUAUACCAAGCUGGCGCAAGAGUGCGCGAAAUCUUUAAACAGCUGCCUGACACUGGCGAAGACAAAGACUAUGAUAUUGCCAAAGCGAAAUUACUUGCCCAUUUCGAACCUCAGAAAAACAGACGCUACGAGGUGUAUCGAUUUCGAAAGGCUGUGCAAGAACCAAGGAAACUCUCGAUCAGUUUCACACACGGCUUCGACCUUUAG